GGGCCGACUUUUGGUGCAAUGGGACUCAGGGUAGGGGAGGAAAUCCUGAAAAAGAAUUUCUUUAAUAUGGAGACAGGAAGCCUUCCCCUUACUCCUGAGAUAUGGACUGCGUUUGAUGCAUCCCUCCUUUCAUCAUCUUCACCACUGCAUGAUUGGGGUUUCAUGCUGAAAGGACGUAAAGAAAAAAAUGGAGUACGCAAAUCUGAUAAUCACGAACAAAUUCAGAAGAUCCUGCGAGAGAGAGGGGUGGAGUGGAAGAAUGAAAAGAAUCCCCCAAUUCCUCUCCAGACUAAGGUUGGAAGUGGGGCGAAGGGAGUCUUCGAGUCCCUCUCCAUAGCUAUCACAGGAUCACUAUUGUACCUCCCUCUCCUUCAGAAGAAAAUCGGAGAUGGAGACAAAUUUUCCCUCAUCCAUUCAGCAGCCAGGGUCUUGCUGAGGCCCAUCGUCCUCAUCUGUGAAGAGCGCAUACAAUCGAGGACAUUCCUACCUCCUGUAAGAGAUCGUGGACAAGUUCAAAGAAAUGGAGCUGGACAAUGGAAAGGAAUUCUUCUCUAUGGUCAGGGGCGGGGAGAUUCUAUUAACAUCCUUCCAGUUGUACGAUUUGGAGGGUAUAGUGAACGAAACAAAUCUUCAUCCUUCUAUUUCGUCGCCUUUCUCCCCUUUCAAGAUGACGCAGGUAGACUGGUUUGGAUGGCGGCAAAUAAACUGCCCCAGCCCCAUGUUGGUUUUGGUGACAUCUCUUUCCAAGGGAACGUUGGUGUGGAAUGGAGGGCGCACACAACUCCUCUCCUGUGGAUCCUUGACAGAUACCUAGCUGGAUUGCCAUCACUGAAGGAAGCUCCACGAUGCGGAGAAAAGCUCCAUGCCAAAGAAGAGGAGGGCAAUGACACAACCGCCAAUGAAGAAGAGGAACGGGCUCUGGAGAUGGACUAG